GUGUGGGUACCAGACGCUCCAUCUGCCCUGAUCCUGAGCACAGGACCAUGUGUGAGAUUCAUUCUGUGCACAGCUGUGGAUGACCCCUGCCAAUGACGCCCUCAGAGGUCCCCAGCCCAGCGUCCUAACCUACUGGGGGGAAGUAGGUGGUAUUAUUUACUGGCUUCCUUAAUGCUGGACUCCUAUGUGGAUCUUUGCAUGUUCAGAUGUGUGAUCAAAGCCACCGCUGCCUCUCAGAUGGAUUCCCACCAGGAGAGAGAAGAGAGGAGGAAACACAACAGUACAUAUUAUGAACUCCUGCAGACUCUUAGUGUAUUGCAGUGGAUACUGACCUUUUUGCUACUAGGUCCGCUGUGUGCUCUCCUGAUCAGCUGGGUUAUAUACAGCCAACUAUGGCCAGUGUUCACCAUCUAUAUCAUCUGGAUGAUCUCUGACUGGAAAACUCCAGCGAGAGGUGGAAGGAGGUCUCUUUGGAUGAGUAAAUGGACCGUGUGGAAUUAUUUUAGAGAUUAUUUCCCAAUAAAGCUCCAUAAAACUGCAGAUCUAGACCCGAAACACAACUAUAUCUUUGCCUACCACCCUCACGGCAUCAUGAGCAUUGGAGCAUUCUGUAAUUUUGGCACAGAUAGUACAGGAUUUUCCCACAUCUUUCCCAACUUGAAACCACAUCUGACCACAUUAGCAGGAAAUUUUAAGUUGCCUUUAUACCGAGAUUACCUACUGGCUGCAGGGAUGUGCUCAGUGGCCCACUCCUCCAUAGACUACCUACUCUCCAGCCAACGUCCUGGUAAUGCAGUAGUGAUCGUCAUAGGCGGAGCAGCUGAGGCAUUAAACUGCGCCAGGAAUAAACACAUACUAACCUUAAAAAGGAGAAAAGGCUUUAUCAGGAAGGCCCUCACUAACGGAGCAUCCUUGGUCCCUGUGUACUCAUUUGGCGAGAAUGAAGUACUUGAGCAAUAUCAUUUUGAACCCGGCAGCUGGAAAAGAGCCCUACAAGAAGCAUUCCGGCAAUGGAUUGGUUUUGCUCCCUGUAUCUUCUUUGGACAAGGAAUCUUUUCCAGUGCUUCUAAAGGAAUAAUGCCGCUUCAUAAAGCCAUCAACACCGUGGUUGGUAAACCUAUCCCUGUGCCUAAAAUUGAGAAUCCUUCUGAGCAGCAGGUGGACGCGUACCAUGCUCUCUACAUAAAAAGUCUACAAGACCUUUUCAAUGCUCACAAGGAACGGUUUGGUCUUCAACAAAGUGACUCUUUGGUGCUCAUAUGAGAACAGAAGUUUAACUGGACCAAAAGCCAACAGAGCAGUGAUGAUGGAUUGGACUGCCAGUAGCAUCAGAAUAUAUUAGGGGUUUAUACUACGUAACACCUGAUAACUAAGACAUCCUUGGGUGGUUACUGCACUCCUUAAGAAGGAAAGCUGAAAUACUGAGAACCCUAUCUGAUGGUUCAGUGGGAAACACUGUCUGCCCAUACGAACCAUGACAAGUCUUCCAGGAAGCAGUGUCAUUUAUACCAGUGUUGUAACCCUAUUGCUCAUGGACAAUUACUUGGGUUAGGAGGUCAUGUGUAAUAGGAAGAGUGUACUGUGUAUGAUCAAAUGUUCUGUAUAAUCAACUUUGACAUUAAGAAUGAAUGUAACCUCAUGUUGUAAUGCACUGUCUAUCCGUGUUGUCAUCUUUCGUCCUA